GCAUCUCUUUCUAGCGGCCGCUUUCUGGUAAACACGUUGCACUUGGAUUUGAUUUUUGGGUUUUUGCACUAAGUAAUUGUUAUAAACAAUUGCCAACGAAAGCUAACAACAAUGGCGGCCAACGUCGAGCGUAAAGGCACCUUUAAGGUGGAAUAUUUGCAGAAAAUCGAGAGUGAAGUCCAGGCGCGCUGGGAACAGGAACAUGUCCACGAAACGGAUGCUCCCACAACGCCCAAGAAGGAGCAAACGGAGAAAUUUUAUGCUACUUUUCCAUUUCCCUAUAUGAAUGGACGUUUGCAUUUGGGGCACACAUUUUCCCUUUCCAAAGCCGAAUUCGCUAUACGCUACAAUCGCCUUAAGGGCAAACGUGUCCUGUGGGCUUUUGGUUUCCAUUGCACAGGCAUGCCAAUUAAGGCCUGUGCCGAUAAGCUGAAGCGGGAGCUGGAACAGUUUGGUUAUCCGCCAAAGUUUCCUGAAUUCGUGGAAGAAACUCCGGUGGAGACUAAAUCCCUGGAAGUGCCCAAGGAUAAGUCUAAAGGCAAGAAGAGCAAGGCAGUGGCCAAGACAGGAGCAGCAAAAUAUCAAUGGCAAAUUAUGCAGAGUCUUGGUCUACAAGAUGAGGAAAUCAAAGACUUUGCCAAUGCUGAGCAUUGGCUAAACUAUUUUCCACCUCUGGCAGUACAGGAUCUGAAACGUAUUGGCGUCCAUGUAGAUUGGCGUCGUACAUUUAUCACUACUGAUGCCAAUCCCUACUUUGAUUCAUUUGUCCGCUGGCAAUUCAAUCAUCUGAAGGAACGUGGCAAGGUCAUGUAUGGCAAACGUUAUACUAUUUAUUCGCCAAAAGAUGGUCAACCCUGUAUGGAUCAUGAUCGUUCUUCAGGCGAAGGAGUUGGUCCUCAGGAAUACACAUUGAUUAAGAUGAAGGUGCUGGAGAAGCCCAAAGCUUUAAGUGCCAUCAAGCAACCGGUUUAUCUAGUCGCUGCUACACUUCGUCCCGAGACUAUGUACGGCCAAACGAAUUGCUGGCUUCAUCCGGACAUUAAGUACGUAGCCUGGCAGACAAAUAAAGACAAUGAAGUAUGGGUGAGCACUCGUCGUGCGGCACGCAAUAUGACCUACCAAGGAUUCACAGUUGUGGAGGGAAAAAUUGAUGUUCUGGCCGAGUUGACAGGUCAAGAUCUUCUGGGUGUUCCACUAUGCACUCCCUUGACUCAGCAUAAAAUUGUCUACACGUUGCCCAUGUUGAGCAUAAAAGAGGACAAGGGAACUGGUGUGGUAACAUCUGUGCCCUCCGACUCUCCAGAUGAUUAUGCCGCUCUGUUGGAUCUGCAAAAGAAGGAGGCUUUCCGUCAGAAAUACGGCCUGAAGGAUGAAAUGGUUUUACCCUAUGCACCGAUUUCCAUUAUUGAUGUGCCCACAUUGGGAAAUUUGUCUGCCGUCUAUGCCUAUGAUACAUUGAAAAUUCAAUCUCAAAACGAUAAAGACAAACUGGCCGAAGCCAAGGAGAUGUGCUAUCUGAAGAGUUUCUAUGAUGGCGUCAUGUUGGUUGGUCCUUACACUGGUCGUAAGAUUCAGGACAUUAAGAAGGAUUUGCAGAAGCAAUUGGUUGAUGCCAAGGAAGCUGAUAUUUACUAUGAGCCAGAGAAAACCAUCAUCUCACGUUCAGCGGAUGAAUGUGUUGUCGCACUGUGCAAUCAAUGGUAUUUGAAUUAUGGUGAACCCGAGUGGCGUGCACAGGCUACAAAGAUCCUGCAGGAUAUGGAAACUUUCCAUGAGGAGGCUAGAAAUAAUUUUGAGGCUUGUCUUAACUGGUUGCACGAGUAUGCCUGUUCGAGAACUUAUGGUUUGGGCACAAAACUACCCUGGGAUGAGCAAUGGUUAAUUGAAUCCUUGUCGGAUUCAACUAUCUACAUGGCAUUCUAUACGGUAGCCCAUUUGCUGCAAGGUGGAACAUUCCGUGGCGAAAAGCCAGGUCCAUUUGGCAUCAAACCUGCGGACAUGACACCCGAAGUCUGGGAUUAUAUAUUCUUUAAGGAGACACCAUUGCCCAAGAAAACAACUAUUAAGAAAGAGCACUUGGCAGUCCUACGGCGUGAAUUUGAAUAUUGGUAUCCCAUGGAUUUGCGUGUCUCUGGCAAAGAUCUUAUCCAAAAUCACUUGACGUUCUGUCUUUAUAAUCAUGCUGCUAUUUGGCCAAACGAUGACACCAAAUGGCCCAAGGGCAUGCGUGUGAAUGGCCAUCUUUUGCUGAAUUCAUCAAAAAUGUCGAAAUCUGAUGGAAAUUUCCUAACUCUAUCCGAGGCAGUGGAUAAAUUCUCAGCCGAUGGCAUGCGUUUGUGCCUGGCCGAUGCUGGCGAUAGUGUUGAAGAUGCCAAUUUUGUGGAGAGCACAGCCGAUGCAGGCAUCCUUAGGCUGUAUACCUUUAUCGAGUGGGUCAAAGAGAUGUUGGCCAAUCAAAGUAGUUUGAGAAAAUCGGCCGAAAAGACCUUCAACGAUAAAGUAUUCCUCAGUGAAUUGAAUUUGAAAACCAAACAGACAGAUGAGAACUACAAGAAAAUGUUAUUCAAGGAGGCCCUGAGAAGUGGUUUCUAUGAACUGCAAUUGGCGCGUGACAAGUACAGAGAACUCUGUGGAGCUCAGGGAAUGCAUGAGGAUUUGGUUUUGGAAUUCAUACGCCGUCAGGCCUUGUUAGUGGCUCCAAUUUGCCCACAUAUGGCUGACUAUGUGUGGUCACUUUUGGGUCAGAAGAAGUCCAUAGUUCAUGCCCAAUGGCCAGCGGUUGGUGAAAUCAAUGAGCUGGAUAUUCUAUGUUCCGAUUAUCUAAUGGAAUCGGCACAUUCCUUCCGUUUAAACCUGAAAAACUUGCUUCAAGUCAAAGCAAAGGGUGGCAAAGAGAAGGCAGUGAGUACGCAAACGGCAAAACCAAAUCGUGGUCUCAUUUGGGUUGCAAAAACCUAUCCUCCUUGGCAAUCCUGUGUCCUAGACACCAUGCGAGAGCUAUAUAACAAAACCAAUUCACUGCCCGAUAAUAAAAUUAUUGCCGCCACGCUGCAACAGAAGGCGGAGCUAAAGAAAUUCAUGAAGCGAGUGAUGCCAUUUGCUCAAAUGAUACGUGAAAAAGUCGAGUCCGGCAAAGGAGUUGCUGCCCUGGCUGUUACUCUGGAGUUUGAUGAACGUCAGGUGUUGCUCAGCAAUUUGGAUUAUCUCAAGAAUACAUUAGAUUUGGAUGAUCUGGAAAUUAAAUACACAGAGGACCCAUCAGCUCCUGAGAAAACUCGUGAAGAAGUGCGUCCUGGUUCACCGUUCAUUGCUUUCACUGUGGCUCCCCAUGUCACUGUGGAAUUCGUCAAUCCCAUUGAGCGUUCAUCUUUGUUUCAAGUGAAUACCAUCAUCUCUGAGGGAGACACUGUACAAAGUCUUCGUGAGAAACUUUCAAAAAUCAUUGGUUUCAAAUCGGAUGCCGGUUCUGCCUUGCAAAUCUGGCGCUAUGAUGAUCCCGUCUUGGGACCCCGCAAACUGCCAAAUUUCCAAGAUUACAAAACAGGCAAAUCCCAGCUUGAUCAAGGCAACUUUGUAUUGAAUGUGGAAGAGAAUCGUAUCAGUGUACAGGAACAGGGAGGAAAACUAACUGAUGUUGGACGAAAUUUCAUUUAUGUUGUGGAGUAGGGAGUGAGGAGGAAUCUUGGUUUUUGGCCUUAAACUAAUUUAUUCAUGAACAUGUGCGUGGAACCUUGUACAAAUACUUAACCCAAUUAGAUAAGCGAAGUAUUUCAAUACGCUUUCAAAAUGGCCUAAAGAGUGUUUGCUUAAUGAAGAAAUCGAGAACGUGUGUGUGUGUUUGUACAAAUAAAACUUGAAAUCUAUAUUCUAA